AUGGAGCCAACAAGCAGUUGCCACCACCAUAUGUCCUCAUGCUUCGAAAGAUGGCUCUCAGCCACAAGCUUAUCGGAAACAGCACAAGCCGGUGCUUUCUCACGUCAUCAUAGCCUGACGAGCAUACACGCCAACAACUUGCUCGACACACACAAUCUCAACACGAGACUUUGGGUCGGCAAUAGUUCGAGCCAAAGAGAAAAAUGGAGCCAACAAGCAGUUGCCACCACCAUAUGCCCUCAUGCUUCGAAAGAUGGCUCUCAGCCACAAGCUUAUAGGAAACAGCACAAGCCGGGUACACUUUCAAAUGGAACUGAAGUGGCAGUGAAGCGACUGUCGAAAAUGUCAGGACAAGGGACAAGAGAGUUCAGGAACGAGGCUGUUCUUGUGUCAAAACUUCAACAUAGGAAUCUUGUUAGGCUUCUUGGAUUCUGUUUGGAAGGAGAAGAAAAGAUUCUCAUCUAUGAGUUUGUCCCAAACAAAAGUCUUGACUAUUUCCUAUUUGACCCUGAAAAGCAAGGUCAGCUAGACUGGACUCAACGAUACAAGAUCAUUGGAGGGAUUGCUAGAGGAAUUCUUUAUCUUCAUCAAGAUUCAGAGCUCACAAUCAUACAUCGCGACCUUAAAGCAAGUAACAUUCUCUUGGAUGCUGAUAUGAAUCCAAAGAUCUCAGAUUUUGGACUGUCUACCAUCUUUGGAAUAGAUCAAACUCAAGGCAAUACCAACAGAAUUGCAGGAACCUACGCUUACAUGUCUCCUGAGUAUGCAUUGCAAGGUCAAUUCUCCAUGAAAUCUGACGUUUACAGCUUUGGAGUCUUAGUUCUCGAGAUUAUAAGCGGAAAGAAAAACAGUAACGUCUACCAGAUGGAUGAAACUAGUACUGCUGGAAACUUGGUCAACAAUGCUUGGAGGCUAUGGAGAAAUGGGUCACCACUAGAACUGUCAGAUUCGUCCAUUAGAAGGAAUCAUCAGAGUAACGAAGUCACUAGAUGCAUCCAUAUUGCGCUCUUAUGUGUUCAAGACAAUCCAGAAGACCGUCCAAUGCUAUCAACUAUCAUCUUGAUGCUCACUAGCAACACAAUCACUCUACCAGUGCCUCAACUACCGAGUUUUUUCCCGCGUAGCAUGCCCGAAUUUUGGGCAGGUAUCCGAAUCAAGUCGAUCUACAGUAAAAUCUGUUAG